GCGGUCCGCAGCGAGGACCUUCUAAGUUCCCGCGAGGAGUAGCGCCUCUGUGCCAGGCUCCGUUACACGUCCCGGGAUAACGCAUCAUCAUCACCCCGCCACGCCGCCGUGAACAGAACCCGAAACCCCCGCAUGGAGGAACCCUGAACCAAGGUCCGCUUCUCCCGGAGGAUGGAGCACGUGGCCCAGCUGAGGGAGGUGUUUGACAGCUGUGACGCCACGGCGACGGGCCGCCUGGACCGGGCGGAGCUGACAGAGCUCUGCACCAAACUGCACCUGGAGCCCCACCUCCACCUGCUGCUGGAGACCCUGCUGGGGGGCCGGCCGUACGCUAGGGUGAGCUUCGACGAGUUUAAAGAUGGCCUGGUGGCCAUCUUGUCCCGCUCGGUGGACCUCAGCACCUCUGAGGAUGAGAGCAGCUACCUGGAGCCAGCCCGCCCUGAGGAGGUCCAGCCGAAGUUCGUGAACGGUGCGCAACGCUACGGCCGCCGGACGCAGCCAGACCCCCCGCCGGGAGGUGGUCCCACCGGCCCCGCACAGACCAGCCCCCCCGCCUCCCCCACCGACGCCCGCAGACCCAAACUCCCACGGUCCACCUCCCUGGAGAGCGUCGAGAGCCUGAAGUCAGAGGAAGAUGGCGUCCAGGAGGGGGGAGAAGGGGGCGGAUCUCUGGAGAAGGAGGCGGAGUCUCAGAUGUGUGAUGACCUUGAGACGUCACAACACAACACACUGGAGCUGUUGAGUGAGUCAGCUGACCAUCUCUAUGGGGAGGGAGACCACGCCCCCAUCACCUCCACUCCAAGAUGGCACCCCAAACACAAGGCGGUCCGCCCCGCCCCCCCAGCGGUCCUCUGUGUCUCCGCGGGCCAGCGGGUCCUCAGCUGUCUGGACGACGGGUCGGGCAGCACCGGUCCGGAGCGGGUCGUGGCCCUCUGGACCCAGGAGGGGGUCCCCAACGGACAGGACAUCCUGCAGGUUCUGGACUUCCCCCCGGAGGAGCGUGUGAGUCUGUGUGACCUCAGCGAGGCUCUGGAGCACGAGAUGCUGAGCAGCAGGAACAGCGUCCACCAGGCGGCGCUGGUGUCCUACCGCCUCGAGAUACAGCACCUACAGCUGCAGCUGGAGCAGGUCAGCAGGGAGAGGGAUAAGGUCAGAGGUGACUUCCAGGCGGCCGACCGCAGGAACCUCCAGCUGGUCAGGGAGGGGGACGACGGGCACGCUGCCAUGGAAACGCUCAACCACAGCCGCAUCAGGGACCUGGAACAGGAGUUCCGUGAUAGGCUGACGGCCCUGAGGAGCCAAUCAAAACAGGAGAGCGAGGCACUGCAGCAGCAGGUGGAGGCCGACCGGGUGGAGUUCAGGAAGGAGGUGGAGCUCCUCAAAACCCAGAAGAGCAGACUGCAGGAGGAGCUCGACACCACCACCCAGAUGAGCGGGGCUCUGCAGGUGGAGCUGUGUGAGGUGGAGGAGAGCUUCCAGGAGGCGGAGCAGCGCGGGGCCAGGCUCCGCAGGGAGCUGGACUUGCUGCUGGGGGACCAGCUGGCCAGUCUGGACUCUUCGCCUGCCGGCAGGACGCUCGAUGACGGAGUCACCAUCAGGAACCUGCAGACACACUGCCGGGAGCUGCAGGACAGGAAUGAUGAGUUGAGCUCAGAGCUGUUGAAGUGCCAGAAGUCGUGCAGGAAGAGCAGACGAUCCACUGAUGAUCCUCUCUGGACCAGACCUCACUCGCUGAUCACGGAGUCUGACUCAGAUGAGUUUGAAACCUAUAGAGGUGUGUCACCACUUGUCAAGAGGAAACGAGACCAGCCUGGGGACAGUGUGCGUUGUGAGGACCCGGCGGUCAGCAUCCAGACGGAGCUGGCCAUGGAGCAGCUGAGGGACAAACACAGCCAGGAGCUGCACAGCCUGCGGGUCGAACUGGAGACUAAAGUGAACUUCUAUGAGCGCAGCCUGGAGCUAAUGAGGAACAGCAUGGAGGUGGAGAGGAAGGACAUCUCCCAGAGCUUCAAGCUGGAGAUCAGUGAGCUGGAGGAGGAGAGGAGCAGGGCGGAGCGGGAGGUGCUGGAGCUGAAGGAGAAGAUCGAGCAGCAGAAAGGAGGAGCAUGGAGCUCAGAGCAGGAGCGCAGGGCCCAGCGGGAGUUGUCGGAGCGGGACCAGAACUAUACCCGAGCGAUCAACCACCUGGUACAGGAACUCAGCGCUGAGAAGAAGGAGCUGGAGGCGGAGCUUGAGCUCAAGAUGGACCAGGAAGUGAUGCUUGUCAGAGCUGAGGCGGAGGAGAAGCUCUCUGAGCUGAAGCAACGUCAGGCGGAGGCCCAGCGACACCAGAGUGCAUUCUGGGAGAAGCGGCUCCUCCUCGUGGAGCAAAAGGCCCAGGAGGAUGAGCCUCUGGGGGAGAGCGUGAGGAGGUCCCAGGAGGAGCUGAGGACCACCAGUUGCCAGCUGGAGGAGGCCAGCAGGAUCCUCAGCCAAUCAGAGCACAGCUUUGAGCAGAAGGAAGUGGAGCUACGAUGCUCUGAGGGGCGGAGCUCCAAGCUGAAGGCGGAGCUACGAUGCUCUGAGGGGCGGAGCUCCAAGCUGGAGGCGGAUCUACGACUCUCUGAGGAACGGCGUUCCCAGCUGGAGGCGGAGCUACGAUGCUCUGAGGGGCGGGGCUCCCAGCUGGAGGCGGAGCUACAAUACUCUGAGGGGCGGAGCUCUGAGCUGGAGGAGAGGCUGCAUGAGGCGUGUUCUCAGCUGGAAGAGAGCAUCCACCUCCUGGAGGCUCAGGAAGAGGUGAAGAACCAGCUGACCCUGGAGAGGAGCUCCCUCCAGGAGGAGAGGUGCUCCCUCCAGGAGGAGCUGAACUCCCUCCAGGAGGAGUCGGGGCUGCGGAGGAUCCGAGAGGAGGAGCUCCACCAGGAGGCGUCCCGGUUGAAAGAGGCGCUGGAUGGCCUCCAUGACCACGGCCUCCUCCGGGAGGAGGAGCGGCAGGCCCUGCUCCUGGCCAGGGAGCGGAGCAUCGCCUCCCUGCGCUGUGACCUGCAGGAGGCCCAGGAGACCCUGAGGACCAGAGAGGAGACCCAGACCAGCCUGAGCUCUGAGCUGGACUCCCUGAGGACGGACCGGUCCGGGCUGAUCCAGGACCUGAAGGAGCAGGCCACGGCCGUGGACACCCUGCGGGCGGAGCUGGACGGGAGGAGGAGCGUCCAGGAGGCGCUGCAGGAGCAGCUGAAGCAGGAGCGGUCCCAGGGAGCCCUCCUGAAGACCUCCCUGGAGGAGGAGAGGGAGGAGGCGGGCCGUCUGGCCGAGGAGAAGGCGCGCUACCUGGGCCUGGCCGACCAGCUCUCCACCCAGAUCGUGGAGAUGGAGGAGGAGAUCUCGUCCCUCCGGCACCACCUGGGCGCGCUCAGCGUGCAGCUGAACCGCACGGCGGACCUGGUGCUGGAGCUCAGGGGGCAGCUGAGGGCCCGGGCCGGCGGGCUGACCGGCCUCCAGGACCGGCUGGCCCUCAGCCAGGCCCGUCUGCAGCGCAUGGAGCGCUCCUCGGCCCGGCUCCACAAGGAGGUGGAGCGCCUGACCUCCCAGCUGGAGGAGCAGGGGAGAGAGCUGAGCUCCGUCCGAGACGCCUCGGCCCGGGGCAGCGUUGGCCGGCUGCGGCGGGAGCUGUUGGAGGAGCGGGAGGGGCUGAGGAGGGCGGAGGAGGCCUCUGAGGCGGAGAUGGGUCGGAUGAAGCAGCAGCUCCUGGAGAUGGAGGAGCUGGUGGUGUCCCUGGAGGGGCUGGCGGAGCCCGGGGGUCCUCGCAGGCGGCAGGUGGAGGAGGGCCAGGCGGAGCUCAGCUGCCUGGAGGAGCGAAACUCCUCUCUCCAGCAGGACGUCCUGAGGCUGGAGGAGACCCUGCAGAACAAGACGAGGAGGUUGGAGGAGGUGGAGUGGGAGCACGAGAGGAGGAGGGAGGAGGAGGAGAGGCUGCACAAGGAGAACGUGCGGUCCCGGGAGGAGGUGCUGGCGCUGAGCGGGAGGAACCUGCAGCUGAGCGGCGAGAACGCCGAGCUCAGCUCCCGUCUCCGCGGAGACCAGGAGGCGCUGCGGUUGCUACGGGAACGGCUGGAGAAGGUGACCAAGGAGCACCAGGAGGGGGCUGCCAAGGUCAGGGAGCUGGAGGAGAAGGAGGUGCAAAAGGAGAGGGAGAGGCUGCAGCUCCUCUCCUCCUGGAAACACGAACGAGAGCUCCUGGAGAGGGAGCUGACCUCCGCCAAGGAAAAGGCGGAGCGGGCGGAGGUCUUGGAGGAGGAUCUGGUCUCUCUGAGGCUCAAACAGCAGUGGGUGGAGCAGGACAAGACCCGGCUGCUGGAGGAGACGGAACACAGGACCACACAGCUGGAGGCCCUGCAGGCGGAGGUGUGCUCUGUGGAUGGGGAGGUGGAGCUGCUGCGCUCUAAGCUCCAGUCGGUCACUCUGGAGAGGAACGGACAAGCUGAGGAAGUAGCCAGCCAGCACAGAAAGCUACAGGACGUGCAGCAGAAGAUGGAGGAGCUGCAGGAGGUCCAGCGGAUCAAUGAGGAGCACCAGGAGCUGACCAUUAGCGCUAUGCAGGAGGAGAUCAGAACUCUGCGCCAGCACAACCAGGACCUCCUCCAAAGAGUGUCGUUGGUCCAGAACCAGGAGGAGGAGGUCCAGAGGCUGAACCAGGACUGCCAGACCCUCCGGUCCCGUCACACCCAGCUGGAGUCAGCCAGGACCAUGGCUGAAGACCAGGCGGUGAGGUCUGACACCAGCAGGGCCGUGCUACAGGCUAAGGUGUCCCAGCAGCUGCAGGAGGUGAGGCAGGAGGUGGAAGGGUCGUCCAGGCAGCAGCUGCACCUCCUCCAGGUGCGUCUGGAGGAGCAGAUAAGGAGGAGUCAGGGGCUGGAAGAGGAGCUCCGGACCCAGGCCCUGCAGGCCAGCAGCCAGCUGCACACGCACCAGGAGCAGCAGCAGCAGCAGCUGGCUGAGGUUCAGGAGCGGCUGCAGCAGACAGAGACGAAGGUGAAGAGCCUCCGUCUGCUGCUGCAGGACAAGAGCCAGCAGCUCACGGAGCAGGUGGGCUCCAGCCUCCAGUCCUCCCAGCUGCUCCAGUCCCUCUACCUGGAGAACUCCCAGCUGGUGAAGGCCCUCCAGGUGACCGAGAGCCGGCAGAAGAACGCAGAGAAGAGGAGCGGCGUGCUGGAGGACAAGGUCUCGGCCCUCAACAGCCUCAUCAGGGACAUGGUCCGCAUGAGCCUGGCCACCUAGCCCCUCCUCCACCCCUCCCCGGCCAGCGGGAGAGGGUGGUGCGGAGGAGCAGAUGUUCUGGUGCUCCAAAGACUCUGAUCCAUGACACGCGCGGUACUGCAGGACUGGUGGUUUCUAUCAAUAAAGGUUUAUUUUCUAAAGCGUGUUUUGGUGGCGAUCAGGACCUCUGGACCGCUGCAGCUGUACCCUCUGGGGGCUGGGGCCUCAGACCCGGGAGGGGGCUGGGGCUGGGGCUCAGACCAGGGAGGGGUGCUGGGUCCUGCUCCACCCCUAGGUCUGGUUCAGGUCUAGCCAUAGGGCUCCACACUCACAUGGUCUGGUCCCGAGACCCAGGAACCCCCUGAAUGCUCCCCCCAGACCCAGGAGCCUGAGUGCCCCCCCCCCCUUGACCAAGAAGCCUGCGUGGCCCCGGCUCAUUAAUAACCAUUGUGAAGGGAAACGUGUUGUAUGAGGUUGCUCUAAUGUUCUAGAUCAAUCCACCAUAUGUUGUGAUGUUCUAGACCAAAGCUUUGUUAUAUGAUGUAUUGCUAGACCGUUGCAGGAUUAUCUUUGCAUUCAAACCAGUGUUUCUUAAACCCUGGACCAGGACCCAAAGUGGUCCAGGAUCCAGAUGGAGGUCUGGUCCAGGCCGGACCAGAGAAGCCCACAUGCAGAGUCUUGCGCAGAAACAACUUUAUUUAGUACAACUCAAACCAAAACAGUAUUUACAGGUGAAGUUUUGAUACAUUUUGUCCCCAAUGCACUGCUGUCCAGGUGGACGUAACUUAUGUACAUGUUGAAGUAUUAGUACAGGAUGUGGGUCCCAAUCCCAAGGUUGAAGUUGACACAAUCAUGACCCAUGAGCCGUGUUUCAACCUGCAGCAAUAAACCCCAAAACCCUGACCCUAA